AUGUCGACGGCGUUCAGUGCAGUGGGCGAUGCUGUCAUGUCCGAGGACUUGGACACGGCCAUUUCAAGGCUGGUGUCCCACUACUUGGACCAUAUUCAGCCGGUGAUCGAUGAAAUGGCAGCGGCAGACUGCCAUCUGUUUGACGGACUCGACCCAGCAGCCCUGCCAGCUGAGUGCUCAGAGCAGAGCGAGCAUGACUUGAAGCGCAUGGAGGCCUUCCUUCGCUUCCGGCGCUGUGUGGCUGGAGCCGUAGACGACUGGUGCCGUUCCCAGGGCCUUCCGGAGAGGCGUCUCUACCAGGCUCUCUCCCAGGCUGCGGCCACUGCGCAAGAGGGGAAGGAGACGAAUGGCACCAUUCUUCUCGAGCUCCUGGCCGCUGCAGAAGACUUUGGCACCUUCGCUGGCUACAUGGCCGGAGAAGCUGAAAGCCGGCGGGCGCUCCGCGCAAGCCCGCCCCCGUGGCAGCAGGGAUAUGCAGCCGGCCAAGGCUCUUGA